AUGUCUCUCUCCCCAUGCCGGGCCCAGAGGGGCUUCAGUGCUCGCUCAGCAUGCUCUGCCUUUCCAGGGGCUCGAGGCAGAGCUGGCUUCAGCAGCAGGAGCCUUGGCUCCUCCAGGAGAUGGAGAGGAAGCUCUUGUGAGAGGGCCUGGGGGGCAGGGGCCAGGCAAGGGGUCCGGUUUGGGCAGGGGAGUGGAGGGCCUGGUCUUUCCCAGUGCCCUCCGGGGGGCGUCCGAGCGGUGACUGUGGACCAGAGCCUUCUGACCCCACUCAAGAUCGAGGUUGACCCCCAGUUCCAGGUGGUGAAGACGCAGGAGACUCGAGAGAUCAGAACCCUCAACAACCAGUUUGCCUCCUUCAUUGACAAGGUACGCUUCCUGGAGCAGCAGAAUAAGGUCUUGGAGACCAAGUGGGCCCUGCUCCAGCAGCUGCAGGGGAGUCACAGCCCUCAGGGCCUGGAGUGCAUCUUCGAAGCCUGCCUGGCCCGGCUCAGGCGGCAGCUGGAGGAGCUGCAGAGAGAGCGAGGGGCCCUGGACUCUGAGCUGAAGACCUAUCAGGAUCAGGAGGAUGAAUACAAGUCCAAGUAUGACCAGGAAGCUCACAAGCAUGCCUCAGUGCAGAAUGACUUUGCGGUCCUUAAGAAGGAUGUGGAUGAGGUUUUCCAGAGCAAGAUGGAUUUGGAAGGCAGGCUGGAGUCUCUGAGAGAAUACGUCUGCUUCUUGACACGUCUGUAUGAAGAAGAACUGGGACAGCUGCAGACUCAGGCAGAUGACAUGUCUGUGGUGCUGUCCAUGGAUAACAACCGUUGCUUGGACUUCAGUGACAUCAUCGCUGAGGUCCGCGCCCGGUACGAGGAGAUCACUCGGACCAGCAAGGCCGAGGCAGAGGCUGUGUUCCAGACCAAGUACCAGGAACUUCAGGCAUCAGCCCAGCUUCAAGGGGACAGCAUGAAGGAGGCCCGGGAGCAGAUUUCCCAGCUUCGGCAGGCCAUUCAGAGGCUGCAGAGUCAGAUUGCGAGCCUCAGGACUCAGAACGGCAGUCUGCAAUCGGCCAUUGCUGAUGCUGAGCAGCACGGGGAGAUGGCUCUGAAGGAUGCUCAGGCCAAGCUGGAUGAGCUAGAGGAUGCUCUGAGAACAGCCAAACAGGACAUGGCCCAAAUGUUGCGCGAGUACCAGGAACUGCUGGGCACAAAGUUGUCCCUGGAUGUGGAGAUUGCCACAUAUCGAAGGCUGCUGGAGAGCGAAGAGUGCAGGAUGUCUAAGGAGUACAUCAGCCAGGUCACUAUCUCCACAGCAGAAGGCAGUGUUGUUGUGCCAGGAGGAGUUGGUGGAGGAGCUGGUGACGGUCAAGUGGGCACUUGUGGACUCAGAGGCUGGAAAGGUGGCUUUGGGUCUGGAGGCUGCUCUAGCAUCGUAACUGGUGGCUUUGAUAUCCCCCAGGGAUCUGGGUGCAGUCCCAGCAUGGGUUCCUGCUCUGUGUCUGGCUCUGGCUUCAGUUCUGGUUCUGGCUCCUGCUGCCGCACCAUCCUGAAGCAGACAGUGGAAUCAAGUCGGAAGACAUCUGUCAUUUACUGA